CGGCGGGCCGUUCGUUUCGUACCGCGCAAGUUGGUCGCGCUCCCUCCACCGAGUGGAGGAGAGGAGGAAGAAGAGGAGCCAAGCAAUUAAGCCGACUCGGCCGCUCGCCUCCCGCAUCCGCCCGAAAACACGCGAAACCCCAACCACACAGGCAGAGCAGAAACCGGAAACAACCCCCGAAUAGGCGAGAAGCGCCGAGAUCGGGGGCGAUGGUGGUGCGGCGGCUGGGCGGCGCGGGGCGCGCGCUGCUCACGCUCCCCAACAUCCGGAGGCGGGCGUCCAACUCCUGGGCCGCCGUCCGCGACACCUUCUUCUCCACCAAGGAAGUGUUCGAGAGCCACCGCAUCGUCUUCACCGUCGGCACCUCCGUCGCGUCCAUUCUCACGGCGUGGGCCGGUUAUUCACUCCGACAUGUGCAGCAAGCAAGGAUUGACAGGAGGCUUGAGUCAAUUGAAUCUUCUUUGAAGAUUAAUCACAAAGAUGAACAUGAAGAGAUAAAAAAGAUUGUCACUUCCAGCAAUAUUAGCACGCCAGCCUGUGUAGCCACAGCGAUGACCACAAUGGUGGUUGGGUAUACGCUAGGGUGGCGUGGUGGAGCUUGGUAUGCUCGACGGGCCUUCCGAAGAGAGCAACAACAGCUGAUGGGUCACAUGAAGUCGCACAAUAGAUGGCACUGGCGGCCAUUCAAUAGACUCAGAAACAGGCUCAGAAGAGCGUCCAGGAACAAGAGCGAGGACGCUCAUCGAUCGUUGGCUCAAGGCACUGAUGCCCCCCCAAGCAGCGGGGUAUCUGCGAGUCUUAGCAAUACUGCUCAGCCAGCAGCGGGCAGUGCAUGAUUUAUAUAUACAUAGAUGGACUAUGAUGUGAAGUUGCUAAUCCGUAGUCCAUAUGCUUUAGAACAGACCCUAUGAGGUAGCCAGCCCAAUGGUGGUUCAUUUUUGUAGGCAUUAAGGUCAUAAUGCACGCAUUUAGCGGAUGCAGUUGUGACGCCGAGAAAAGUAAUUGAUUGAUGAUAGACAGGGAACCUGUCUACUGCGGCUAGUGGUGUUCCGUUUGCUCGUACUAGUUAUACUUCCUUUCUGGCAUGCUAUUUUGAGAAUUGAGACAGCCUUGUGGAACCAGAUGUUUCUGACUU